AUGACACUACUUGCGGGUCUUGCACUUCAGAAAGCGACGCAGUAUCUUCAACUUCUCCAAACACUUGCUCCGCAAAAUGUACAGCUGGCUCAAACGGCUGCGCAACUUGCUCAGAUACUACUACUUGCGGGUCUUGCACUUCAAAAUACGACGAAGUAUCUUCAACUUCUCCAAACACUUGCUCAACUAAAAAAUGCACAGAAAAAAUUGGCAUUUUUGUUGUUUAGGAUUAAUUUUAUAUUGUAAUUCAUAAAAUUUUUAGAGGGCAAUGCACAGCUGGCUCAAACGGCUGCGCAACUUGCACAGAUGACACUACUUGCGCGUCUUGCACUUCAGAAAGCGACGCAGUAUCUUCAGCAUAUCCAAUUGCUUGCUUACCUAAAUGCACAGUUGGCUCAAACGGCUGCGCAACUUGCCCAGAUGACACUACUUGCGGGUCUUGCACUUCAGAAAGCGACGCAGUAUCUUCAACUUCUCCAAACACUUGCUCCGCAAAAUGUACAGAAUGAAUUAGCUUUUGCGUUAUUGAGGAAUAAUUUUUAUAUUUUAACUCGCAAUUUUUUAGAGGGCAAUGCACAGCUGGCUCAAACGGGUGCGCAACUUGCACAAAUGACACUACUUGCGGGUCUUGCACUUCAGAAAGCGACGCAGUAUCUUCAACUUCUCCAAACACUUGCUCCGCAAAAUGUACAGAAUGAAUUAGCUUUUGCGUUUAUUGAGGAAUAAUUUUAUAUUUUAACUCGUAAUUUUUUAGAGGGCAAUGCACAGUUGGCUCAAACGGGUGCGCAACUUGCACAGAUGACACUACUUGCGCGUCUUGCACUUCAGAAAGCGACGCAGUAUCUUCAACUUCUCCAAACACUUGCUCCGCAAAAUGUACAGAAUGAAUCAGCUUUUGCGUUAAUGAGGAAUAAUUUUAUAUUUUAACUCGUAAUUUUUUAGAGGGCAAUGCACAGUUGGCUCAAACGGGUGCGCAACUUGCACAGAUGACACUACUUGCGGGUCUUGCACUUCAGAAAGCGACGCAGUAUCUUCAACUUCUCCAAACACUUGCUCCGCAAAAUGUACAGAAUGAAUUAGCUUUUGCGUUAAUGAGGAACAAUUUUAUAUUUUAACUCGUAAUUUUUUAGAGGGCAAUGCACAGUUGGCUCAAACGGGUGCGCAACUUGCACAGAUGACACUACUUGCGCGUCUUGCACUUCAGAAAGCGACGCAGUAUCUUCAACUUCUCCAAACACUUGCUCUCCAAAAUGCACAGAUGGCUCAAACGGCUGUGAGACUUGCACAGAUAGCACUACUUGCGGGUUUUGCACUUCAACAAGCGACGCAGUAUCUUCAACAUCUCCAAAUUCUUGCUCACCUAAAUGCACAAAUGGAUCAAACGGCUGUGCAUAUUGCUCAGAUAGCACUAUUUGUGUGUCUUGCCUUUCAUGAACCGACGAAGUAUCUACAGCAUUUCCAAACACUUGCUUACCUAGAUGCACAGAAAGAAUUAGCGUUUGGAUAUUUUAGGCAUAAUUUUAUAUUUCAUUUCAUAUAUUUUUAGAAGGACAAUGCACAAAUGGAUCAAACGGCUGUGCAUAUUGCUCAGAUAGCACUAUUUGUGUGUCUUGCCUUUCAUGAACCGACGAAGUAUCUACAGCAUCUCCAAACAUUUGCUUACCUAGAUGCACAGAAAGAAUUAGCGUUUGAAUAUUUUAGGCAUAAUUUUUAUAUUUUAUUUCAUAAUUUUUUAGAGGGCAAUGAACAGAUGGCUCAAACGGCUGUGAGACUUGCACAGAUAGCACUACUUGCGGGUUUUGCACUUCAGCAAGCGAUGCAGUAUCUUCAACAUCUCCAAACACUUGCUUACCUAAAUGCACAGAAGGCUUAA